GACGUCACUGCGCGGCGCCGGAUGUCUGUGCUACUUGAAGUUGGUUUCCUGAAUCACGGCUGCCGGUGGUUGUAGCAGCGGGUUUCUGUGUGGAGAGCCGGAGGGAGGCGGCGGGCGCCGGUGGCCGGCGGCGGGAGAGGCGGGGUGAAAGAGAAGCAAUGCAGAGGUCGGAGUGCUCUGGAGGUGUGCAGUUGAGAAACAGAGCGACAGGUAGUAAUGAUCAACGCACAUGCACAUCCUCAAGCACACAAAUGAAACACAGGACUACAGUUCAGCGGAGCAAAUCCUCCUCAUUAACCAGUUCUCCAGAGGCUGCAAGAAGGGCUCAUCCUCGGCCAAGUGAUAAACUCAACCCUAAAACCAUUAACCCUUUUGGUGAACAGCCACGGGCCCCUACUGCAUUCGCAGCUAUUUACUCUCAAGGAGGCAUUCCUUGCAGAUUGGUACAUGGCUCAGUAAAACACAGAUUACAGUGGGAAUGCCCGCCUGAAAUUCUUCCAUUUGACCCGCUUCUAAUUACUUUAGCUGAGGGUCUGAGGGAGACCAAGCAUCCUUAUACUUUUGUGUCAAAGGAAGGCUUUAGGGAGUUACUUCUGGUCAAGGGUGCUCCCGAAAAAGCUAUCCCUUUGCUACCCCGACUGAUCCCUGUGCUGAAGGCAGCUCUAGUUCAUUCUGAUGAUGAAGUGUUUGAAAGGGGACUGAGCGCACUCGUGCAGCUGAGUGUGGUGGUUGGCCCGUCUCUGAAUGGCCAUCUGAAACUUCUGCUUACAAGUCUUUCAAAGAGGCUAAUGGACAAAAGAUUCAAAGAGCCCAUCACCAGUGCUCUGCAAAAGCUGGAGCAGCAUGGCGGAAGUGCAAGUCUUAGCAUCAUCAAAUCCAAAAUCCCAACAUAUUGCUCAAUCUGCUGUUGAAUAAGGGAGGCAACAAGAGCCACACUGCUUCUUCAGGCGUUGACAGUGGCUGCCUGGACCUUUUGUCAGUUCAGUUCAUUCCACCUCACAGCAUCAUUCAUUCAUUAACUCAGCUACGGGGACCAUGCCGAGUCAGUCCAGAAGAAUCAUCGUACAGGAUGCUUGUCAACAAAAGCUAAUUAAAGUAACGUGGGUAAAGAAGUUGAGUGCUGUGGGUUGGGGUUUCUCAUCCAUCAUGCCUAUGUAUUUUCCGAUGCAGUUUUACUUCCAGACCAUCUGAAGAUCACUUUGUAGCAGUGCCUUAUUUUAUAGGUUGGUUUUGGCCAUUUCUUGGUUUUUAUAUUUAUCAAGACUGAAAAAGUUUUAAGAUAGCAAGUAAACAUUUGUGACUGAACUAUUAGCCUGAAUGUGUAAAUGUAUAUUUUAUAAUGUGGGAAGUUUGGGAAUAUCAUUUUUGUCCUGAAUAUUCUAGUUUAAAAACUUGUUUUAAAUGUCAAAAUUCUAUUACUAUUUGUUUGUUGUUUAUUAUAACCUUUUUAACUACCUAAACUUUAGGUGUUAAUUGUAAUUAAUUAAAUGUUAUUUUUGUAUUUUGUAGUCCC